AUGGAGGCAGCUGCGGACCCGUCUCAGGAGAUAGCCGUGGCUAGAUUGAGGCUUCGUUCGGUGGUUGAAGAUAGAUUGGUGAACGAGAACCAACCAACCGAAAAGGCAUGCACCCUGGCUGAACUUAACAAUAUGUUGGAUCAUGCCAUCGAAGGGACAGGACCUCAAGUAUUUUCUGAUGACGAUAUGGUAGAUUCAGCACAGAAAUCCACCACGACGAAUCACUUGAAUACGACCAAUACCAUAGAUCGUCGGUCCCGGUCCAAAGCCAGAGGAAAUAGACGAAGUGUUGAUUCCGGCGGACCACGCAGCAGUAGCGAAGAGUCCCUCAGAGUCGAUUACGAGAACGACUCGAUCUUGUCUCUACGUGAACCCUUCGCCCCUGCCCAGGACCACCGCGUAUCAUCUAUCAAUUCGUCUUUGGCAGUGGCUGGCAGGUUACAAAAGCCCAUCCUUGCUCAUCCAGCAGACAAAGAUCUGGUGUCAGUUGAACAAGUGCAGUCACAACCGGGCAAUGAACUCAGUCCAGUCAAGCGAAGAACAGCCAUGUUCGAAAGUCUCAACAAGAAGCAACUCGACUACGAUGAGGUCCACAAAACUCACCAUCAUGCGGUGGCAAGCCAAGCUGAUCAAGAUGAGCAUCAAGGGCCAAAAAAGAUGCACAAAAUCAAGUUCGGAGCUACGAUUGAGGAGAGAUCUGGGACACCAUUGAUACCAUUAGCUUUACCAGCUAUGGUUCACGAGCGACAAAAAUCAGGGCUUGCAGCUGUGUCUCCCGAACCGAAAGGUAACGAAGACGAUCAUGUGCGUGAAGCAGAGGAGCAACCCACUGGUGAUGAGGAUAUGCCCCAGGACAAACAACGAAAGACGUCCCUGGCCUGGCCUUUUAAAUGGGGACUCUUCAACAGAGCCUCUGCCACGACAUCGCAAGUCCCAGAACAAUCAUCUUCGGACGAAAUCAAGCGUGAGAAUGCACCUCCGUCUCUUCCUAAACCGAGCAUUGUCAGAAGCAGGGUCCAUGAACUGUUGCAAGCUGCUAGCGAACAGGAUGAUGCGCUGAAGCGCCGCAGCUAUUCUGAGCGAGAAAGAUUCAGCCGUCGGCAGACUCGAGCUCCGACAAUGCUCGUCAAGGAAUCAGCCUUGCGAGAAGACAAGGUCGAUGUAGACCAGCUCAAGCCUACGCAAAUUCCUGCUCUUCAGAUGCCAGCAGAUGAAGAAUUUGAAGGGCUGAAGUCUCAAGGGGAUCCCGAGGAUAUACCCCUGCCAAAGACGCCGCUACAGAGAGCCAUGUCCGAAAAACAAGUCCUAGCUCCGCCGUCUGUGGUUGAAACAGAAGACAAAUCCAAAGCCAGUCCUGUCAAAUCUCCACCACUGACUCCGAUAAGAGGAAGGCCAAGAAAGUCCAUCCACCGAGGCUCCGUUGGUGGUCAGCAUGGGGUUGAACAACAUUUCAAGCUGAGUCCUGGGCCGAGUCGGAGCGUGUCGAGAAAUGGUAGGGGAGGAGUCAAGGUGGAAGUUGAAGUGCGUGAUAGUCCGGGACGAGAAGCAAGAGAAAGAGGAGAGAAGAUUGUCAUUAUCAGGGCAGAUGUUGAGGGUCCUGACAAUGAGGAUAAGUGA